AUGCCGCUUGUUAUCCGCGACGUUGAACACGCCGACAUCACCGAAUGCAUCGGCCUCCGUGUCGCAGCCCUCGGCUCCCUCGUCAUCGGCCGUCUGCCUCCGUACCUAGGCUAUGUGGACGAGGCGGAAGCUAGAGUGCGAAGGGAGCUGGAUGGUAGCCCGCACGUGCAUCAUUUGAAGGUCGUGGAUACGGAGAAGGGAGAAGAGAUUGUGGCGUAUGGGAAGUGGGAGGUUUAUGAGAGAGGAAGGGGGGAGGAUGUUGGAAGUGCAAGUGUGGGGGGAGGAGAAGGGGAGGGGUUUAGAGAGCUGAGGCGGUUGGUGAGAGGGUGGUUUCAUAAGAGGAAGAAGGAGAUGGGGAAGAAGCCGCAUAUUUAUCUGGCUCUGCUCGUUACGGCGGAAAAACAUAGACGCCGUGGUGCUGGUAGAUUGUUGGUCAAGUGGGGGAUUGAAAUGGCAGAGCAGAUGGGGCUGCCAUGCUAUGUUCACGCUUCUGAGCAGGGACGCCGGUUGUACGGGUGGUGUGGCUUUGGGGAUAGGGAGACGGUGGAGUUUGAGCUUGGGCAGUAUGGGUUGGAGGGAGUGGAGAGGUUGACGGAGAUGGAGAGGGUAUCGGUGGGAAUGGGGAAGGAUGGGGGUAGGAGCUGA